AUGUUAUCAUUCAUUAUCGUAGAUCUGAAUCUGGUUCUGAAGCCGUUGCAACACCUUACUGCUCUACUGUUCCUUCCUUUCAGAUCUGAUGUUUUGGGGCAGUUUAUGCCUUUAGUUGGAAAAGAUUGGUCACAGUCUGGAGUGGCAAGGCUUUUCUCAGCUAUUAAAGAAAAUGGAUACCAGCUACUGUUUUUGAGUGCCCGUGCUAUUGUCCAGGCUUAUCUAACCAGGAACUUUUUGCUUAACCUGAAACAGGAUGACAAGACCUUACCGAAUGGUCCUGUAGUUAUUUCACCUGAUGGAUUAUUUCCCUCUCUUUACCGAGAAGUAAUAAGAAGGGCACCUCAUGAGUUCAAGAUUGCUUGUCUAGAGGAUAUCAAAAGACUUUUCCCUUCUGAUUAUAAUCCGUUCUAUGCGGGGUUUGGCAAUAGAGACACGGAUGAACUUAGUUACAGGAAGAUAGGAAUCCCGAAGGGCAAGAUAUUUAUUAUUAAUCCUAAGGGUGAGGUAGCAAUAAGUCAUCGUAUUGAUGCAAAAUCUUACACAUCAUUGCACACACUCGUCAAUGAUAUGUUCCCUCCUACUUCUUUGGUUGAACAGGUGGACUUCAACUCAUGGAAUUAUUGGAGAAUGCCUUUUUCAGACGUUGAUUAGUUCAAUGCUUAGUUCCUUUUUUUGACAAGGAUCCGUUGGUAUGGGACCAACCAAUAUGUGUUAAUCGAUAUACUAUAUGCCCUUUCUACUUGGCACAAAACUGUGACAUGAUUGGAAAGUGUCCUACUACACGGGAAUUCGAUGAUGGCAUACGAGUGUUCUCUCGUAGAACGUUAUUCAUUCAAUGUGCUGAUCACACGCCUUUGCUUUCCUUCUUUUAUAUUAAUGAUUACCCAUUAAUCAACAACAUUGUAUAACAUUUGGAUUACAUGUAUUAUACUAAUUUUUAACUAACCAAAUAGUGGAAGUUUGUCCAUCCCUACAUUUGUACAAUAUACUACAUUGUCAAAAAAUAGAAGUUAACCCAAAUCAUUGAUUACUUUCUUUU